CACGCUCUUAUCUGCCCAGCCCAACAUGGGGGGGUGGCCAGGCUGGCUGAGGCAGGACACUGCCUAGGGGCUGGACACAGAGCAGUCCCAAGCCGGGCUGGGUGGGUGACGGCUGUGGAGGGCUCUGAGUGUCCCUGCAGGCUGGUGGCCAGCUGGCCGCCCAUCUCCCCCACCAUGUCGGACGGCGAGGGCCCCUCAGCUGAUGACAGCGCAUCUGCUGCCAGCAGCAUGGAGGUAUCGGACAGAAUCGCCUCUCUGGAGCAACGGGUCCAGAUGCAGGAGGACGAUAUUCAGCUGCUCAAGUCAGCGCUGGCUGACGUGGUUCGGAGGCUGAACAUCACAGAGGAGCAGCAAGCUGUGCUUAACAGAAAAGGACCUACCAAAGCGAGACCACUGGGGCAGACCCUGCCGUUGAGAACCACCGUCAAUAAUGGCACCGUGUUACCAAAGAAACCCAGUGCUUCCCUCCCAUCCCCCUCGGGGUCCAGGAAAGAAAUGGUUGUGCCAGUAACCAAAAGCAUCAACAGGACCAGCUCUUCUGAACGAGUGUCUCCAGGUGGCCGGAGGGAGAGCUCCGGGGACUCCAAAGGAAGUCGGAACCGCACGGGCUCGACCAGCAGUUCCUCCAGUGGCAAAAAGAACAAUGAGAGCAAACCCAAGGAGCCUGCAUUCAGUCCAGAAGAGGGCUAUGUAAAAAUGUUUCUCCGAGGCCGCCCCGUGACCAUGUACAUGCCCAAAGACCAAGUGGAUUCUUACAGUUUGGAAGCGAAAGCUGAGUUGCCGACCAAGCGGCUGAAGCUGGAAUGGGUCUAUGGGUACCGGGGCCGAGACUGUCGCAAUAACUUGUACUUGCUCCCGACGGGGGAGACCGUGUACUUCAUCGCGUCGGUAGUGGUGCUUUACAAUGUGGAGGAGCAGCUGCAGAGGCAUUACGCGGGCCACAACGAUGACGUCAAGUGCCUAGCGGUCCAUCCCGACAGGAUCACCAUAGCAACAGGACAAGUUGCAGGCACGUCUAAGGAUGGAAAGCAACUGCCGCCCCACGUGCGCAUCUGGGAUUCCGUGACACUGAGCACUCUGCACAUCAUUGGGAUAGGCUUUUUUGACCGGGCUGUCACCUGCAUCGCAUUCUCAAAAUCUAAUGGAGGAAGCCAUCUCUGUGCUGUGGACGACUCCAAUGACCAUGUGCUGUCUGUGUGGGAUUGGCAGAAAGAAGAGAGACUGGCCGACGUGAAGUGUUCGAACGAAGCUGUGUUUGCUGCGGAUUUCCACCCCACAGACACCAAUAUCAUAGUCACCUGUGGGAAGUCACAUCUUUACUUUUGGACCCUGGAAGGAAAUUCCCUUAACAAGAAGCAAGGGUUGUUUGAGAAACAAGAGAAGCCAAAGUUUGUCCUUUGCGUGACGUUUUCUGAAAAUGGCGAUACCAUUACCGGCGAUUCAAGUGGCAACAUCUUGGUGUGGGGAAAAGGUACCAAUCGGAUAAGCUAUGCAGUCCAAGGAGCCCAUGAGGGUGGCAUUUUUGCACUUUGUAUGUUGAGAGAUGGCACGCUGGUGUCGGGAGGAGGGAAGGACCGGAAGCUCAUUUCCUGGAAUGGAAACUAUCAGAAGCUUCAUAAAACAGAGAUUCCUGAGCAGUUUGGCCCAAUCCGGACAGUGGCUGAGGGGAAGGGCAAUGUCAUCUUGAUAGGCACGACUAGAAACUUUGUCCUGCAAGGCACCUUGUCAGGGGACUUCACACCCAUCACUCAGGGUCACACUGAUGAGCUCUGGGGGCUGGCCAUCCAUGCCUCCAAACCUCAGUUCUUGACCUGUGGACAUGACAAGCACGCCACUCUCUGGGAUGCUGUCGGUCACCGGCCCGUCUGGGACAAAAUCAUAGAGGAUCCAGCUCAGUCUUCCGGUUUUCAUCCUUCAGGGUCUGUGGUUGCAGUCGGAACACUGACUGGGAGGUGGUUUGUGUUUGACACGGAAACGAAGGACUUGGUCACCGUCCACACAGAUGGGAACGAGCAGCUGUCCGUGAUGCGUUAUUCACCAGAUGGGAAUUUCUUAGCCAUAGGCUCGCACGACAACUGCAUCUACAUAUACGGCGUCGGAGACAACGGGAGGAGAUACACAAGAGUUGGCAAGUGCUCCGGCCAUUCCAGCUUCAUCACCCAUCUGGACUGGUCGGUGAACUCACAGUUCCUGGUGUCAAAUUCCGGGGACUACGAAAUCCUUUACUGGGUCCCGUCUGCCUGUAAGCAAGUCGUGAGUGUGGAAACCACAAGGGACAUCGAGUGGGCCACCUACACCUGCACCUUGGGAUUCCAUGUCUUUGGAGUGUGGCCAGAAGGCUCGGACGGAACAGACAUCAACGCUGUCUGCCGGGCCCAUGAGAAAAAGCUCCUGUGCACAGGCGAUGACUUCGGCAAAGUGCACCUCUUCUCCUACCCUUGCUCCCAGUUCAGGGCUCCAAGCCACAUCUACAGCGGACACAGCAGCCACGUCACCAACGUCGAUUUCCUCUGUGAAGACAGCCACCUUAUCUCCACGGGCGGGAAAGACACGAGCAUCAUGCAGUGGCGGGUCAUUUAGUCCCCAAGGGAGCUCCGGGAGCAGAUCAUGCCCGAGGAGACAGACUCACGUUCCGCUUGGUCACUGUGAUUUCUGUUUUGUCUACAAACUCUUACAAACCUCAGGAAAAUUGUCCCUCUACCGGUUACCUUAGUUGGGGAGCCAGCGAGUGUCACACCAGAUAAGCGGCUUUCGGGUCCGCUUUUGUUAUAUACGUGCGGGACAGAAUGCAUGUUGGGUAAAGAAAGUUCCCAAGGUUUACAUGGCAGUGGCAUCGAUCGAAGGGACUGGUGUGUCCUUGUGGUCACUUUUCUAUGAACUCUUCAAAAUGGUCACAGAAUGCCUUUUAAAAUAUUGUAUAUAGUCUUCACUGCUUCACCUUGCUAAGUCAGAUAUUUAUGAUAAUGAAGUACUGAACUGGGGUCGUUGACUAGUUGGUCCUAAAAGGAUAAAUCACAUAACUGAUUUGCCCAGCUGAAUCAGGAAUGCAAAUACCAGACUUUCCUUGGUCAUGUAUCUAAGAUCUCACUAACUCCUCCCUUUGGGAGGCUGGCAGGAACGGGGCUGUGUUCUCUCUGGAUAAGCAGUUUCUACUACAGAACCCAUGGGCUCCAGUGGGAUGUAUAGGUGCUUCCACACUCUGGAUAGACAGACUGUCUAUCCUUCCUGGGGACACAGCCAGUUUCUCAGCACCUCCACAGAUUGCAGCCCCAUCUCUGUUCCUGUGCCCUGAUUAAUGAUGAGACCUUCAGCCACCACUCUCUGUGUAUUAAUGGCAUGAUACGGUAUUGUCCUUGUAUAGAGUUUAGCAGCUCAUGAUAAACCGCUCAAGGCCGGGCCUCGCUGUGUGUGCUUUGGACAUUGUACGUUUGUACCCGACGACCAAGUAGAUCAAGUUGGAGAGGGACUCUCUUCAGUGUUGCGGUGGUGGUCUGUGGAGUGCAGCACCUCAGAGGUUCCCAGGGCUAAGGGCAGCUUCCUUUCCCGACUCUGGUGCAUGGACAGUGCGCAGCACAUGGACUAAAAUUAUGCUCUGACAAGUAGAACAUAGGUGGUCUAAAUGUGUCAAGAAGGCCUUACCCCUUGUGUGACGGAUUGAUUUAUUGUUUACAUUGGGGACUGUAUCUUGGAUUUUUAAAUAGAAGAAUUACCAAGAGUUAAGGACAAAUGCUGAGAUUUCUAACUCAUUUAAGCAAGUAAGUGAAUUGAGUUAUCUGAACUCCACCACACUGGGUGUUUAGAGUGGCCGAUGAAGGACAACAUUGGAGACAUGUACCUUGCCAUCUCUAGCCUGCUCUGAAAGGGCAGGGCACUGGAAAAGAACGUGACUCAAGAUGAAGCCGUUUGUAUGUACCCUUAUCAAAUAUAUUCUAUAAUGAAAUAAAACCGGAAAAAUGGA